GGCUAAUAACUACUUAUCUUUUUAGACAAGCCAAAGAAAUUUGGAAAAAGAAAGCCCUUACAGAGACUCAGAGACUGUAGCACUGAUAUUAAUGGCCACUGAAAGCGACACUGAGCUAUACACAAGCCUUGUGAAAUGGUUGGAGAACUGCCUUGCUCUGGGGGGUACGUUAUUGUUUGACGAGGGGGCAGUCCACGAGGGGGCAGCCAUUGCGGACUGUCUAGUGCAGCUGUCUCCAGACGUGUUCACUAGCGAAUGGAGAAGCAAGAUCAUCACUGAGACGGCUGGCAACUGGAAGCUCAGACACAACAAUCUCAAGAAGAUACACAAUGCCUUAAUGAGUUACUACAAAGAUGUCCUCCACGUGUCCCUGGCCACAUUCCAGGCCCCUGACGUGAGAGAAGCUGCAGAGACUGGCUCACCACAGGAAAUGGCCAAGCUGAUACAACUAAUGCUAGGAGUAGCAAUCAACUGUGACAAGAAGGACACAUACAUCCAAGCUAUCAUGUCUCUCCAAGAAGAAAUCCAGCACAAUGUAAUGGGGGCCAUUCAAGAUUUAAUGAGUUACCAAACACCAAACAUGGUCACUGGGGAGGAUUACACUGAACUAGAGAGAGAGCACAAACGGGUAGUGUCUUCACUAGAAAGCAUGAAGGCAGAUUACGAUGCAGCUCUGCAGUCAAGCCACGAGCUCUCUGUGCAACUGAAGGCAGUGUGUGGCGAGAGGGAGGAAUUGGAGGGGGAGCUGGCCACCCUCAAAGGAAGGCUUAAUGAUGCUGAGCACUCGGCUGGAGUGAGUGGAGAGGCCAAAAUGGUGGCCUUACAGAGGCAGCUGGACAGCAUGAGGACAGAGAACCUCCAUCUCGACUCAGAGAGAGAUGAGUUGAAACUCAAGGUGGUUGAGGUCGAAGGUCAACUGACGGAGCUUUUCCAGAGGAACAGAAGCCUUCAAGUGGAGAACGAUGAAAUCCCUAUCCUCAGAGACUCCAUUGAAGAGAUGAGAUACCUGGAGAGCAAAGUGAAAAACUACGAGGGUGUGAUCAGUCAAUAUAAGAAGAAGUUAGAAGAUGCCGGUGAUCUCAGGAAACAGGUCAAAGCCACCGAGGAGAAAAACAUGAUGUAUGUGCAGCAAAACCUCGACCUAGAGGAAGAGCUCAGACGUCUGUCGAAUGUUCGCUCACAACUGGACGGUCAGAAAAAGAGAAUACUCGAGUUAGAGAACGAGCUAGCACAAGAGAAGCUGCGUUGCCUGGAGGCGACAGAGGAAGCUGAGGAUAAGGUUCAAGUGGUCUCCACACUCACGGCUGAGCUCAUUCAAGUGAAGAGAGAGAGGGAUAACCUCUCCAUGCAAGUCCCCGGGACACCACUGGCAGGAGAAUUUGCCAUGUUUUCUCAGUCGAGUCGUUCAUUGGAGCAAACAUCUCUACUUGAUCAGCCGGACUAUGGGGGCGUGGUAGGUGGGUUGGGUCUACAGGAGGCCUUCACUCCCGAGAUGAGGGAGAAGAUGGUGAAACUCAAUAAAGAGAACGAGAUACUCAAGAGGCGGCUGGAAACAGAAACAGAGUCACCAUUGGGUGAUGCUGAGGUCCAGUCGCGACUGGGUGAUCAGGAGGACACUAUACAGAGACAGGGACGAGAGCUGACAGAACUGAACACUAAACUCAAUAAGCUAAUCAAGGCUGCUAAGGAACAGAAGGCUCAGAUCGUCACGCUUGAGGAGGUGAAGAGGACCAAAGACGGCGAGAUUGAGAAAUACAAGAAGUAUCUGAACAAAGCCAAGAAGAUCAUCGAGAGCUUUGGAGGCAACAAAGGACAAUCGUCAGACGACAAUGUGGAGGUGCAGACUCUGAAGAACACACUGAAGGAGAGGGAGAAAGCUCAAGAGAGGCUGGAGCGUGAGUACAGUCAGGACAGGAUGGCCUGGGAGAGGGAGGAGAAACUAGUCGUGUCAGCGUGGUACGAAAUGGGUCUGAUGAUGCACCGCAAGUACACCCAAGAGAGGCUGCUCAGUCAACACGGCGGCUCAUUCUUAACCCGACAAAGAAGUGCCCUCUACAAGAAACCAGUGCCCAUCAACACAUCCCUACCCUCAGGGCCUGUCUGAACUACUAGUCUGUAGUGAACUCAAUCAGCUGUAGUUCACUGUCUUUAAUGUGUGGUUUUGAUUUUAAUUGCUUCACUUUACAAUGUAUAAGCUUACACUGUAUGUACUUUUAUUUGAACAACAAGUAAUUAUUUAUUGGUUAUUAUUUUAAUAUUUGAAACUGAC